ACACCACCAUUCAGAUCUCUGAUUUCUUCUUCUUCCAUGAAGAAAUGGCCAUAAACAAGAACAGCAAAAAGAACCCAAAACCGCAGACACGAUCUCACCAUCUCCACAAGCCACACUCAUGGGCAGUGGUGAGAAGCCUCUUCACCUGCAAACACUUGGAGCAGCCAAAGGAGCAGAGACACAGAAAGCCCAAACAGAGGGAAGAAAUCAUCAGCAAGAAGAUGGGGCCUCAACACCCUUCUUCUUCUUCUUCUUCCCCAGCCUCACCUAAUUCCUCCAUUGUUGGAUCUCUCAGAGCCAUGCCCUUCAGAAAGCUGUCCGGGUGCUAUGAGUGCAGGAUGGUGGUUGACCCUGUUCUUGGCCUCACCAGAGACCCUUCUCUCAGAACCACCAUCUGUUCUUGCCCUGUCUGUGGUCAGAUCUUCAUGAAACCUGACACCUUGGAGCUCCAUCAGGCUGUCAGGCAUGCUGUGUCAGAAUUGGGAGCAGAAGACACGAGCAGGAACGUUGUGGAGAUCAUAUUCCAAUCCAGCUGGCUCAAGAAACACAACCCAAUCUGCACAAUCGACAGAAUCCUUAAAGUCCACAACACACCCAAAGUAAUCUCGAGGUUCGAGGAGUACAGGGACGCCAUUAAAGCAAAAGCCAACAAGCUCCCCAAAAAGCACCCGCGUUGCGUGGCAGACGGGAACGAGCUCCUCAGGUUCCAUUCCACCACUUUUAUGUGUUCUCUCGGCCUAAACGGCUCUUCCAAUCUCUGCAAUUCGAUCCCCAGUUGUGCCGUGUGUGGGAUCAUCAAGAACGGGUUCAAGGGCGCCGGAGAUGUCGCCGGAAAAGGCGUUCUCACGACGGCGACGAGCUGGAAGGCGCAUGUUAGCGGUGGUGCUGCGGGUGAGGAGAAGAGGGCGAUGUUGGUUUGCCGGGUGAUCGCCGGGCGGGUGAAGAAGAGCUUUCCCGGGAGCUUGGAGGAGUAUGAUUCGGUGAGUGGAGGCGCCGGCGCCGGCGCCGGAGGUUAUGGUGAUUUGGAAGAGUUGUAUGUGUUUAAUCCUAAGGCUGUUUUGCCAUGUUUCGUUGUAAUUUAUAGAGGGUUUUAGUACCUUACCUAGUACUCUGUUGUUAAAUUUGUAAUUAUAUUAAAAUUAUAUUUAUUACAGCAUUUUAAUCUUUAUAUCACUUCUUUA